UCACUUUUGCAGCCAGGCGCAUGUGUUGUGACUGAUUGUGUGACAGAGGAAAUCGUAUUUGUGUCAUUUAGAGGGAAAAUGCAUUUUAGCGUUUGAGUCACUUUUCAACAGUUGCUAAAAGUUCCAAAUACAUUUUUAAAAGUAGCUAAACUUGUGGCUAGGUGCUGGUUGAAAAAAAGUUGCCAGGGUACUCUGAAAAGUUGCUAAAUCUAGCAACAAAAUUGCUAAAUUGGCAUCACUGCGCCCAGUUGUAAAGUCACAUGACACACGUCCCUGAUCACGUGACCGCAGCGUACAAAACACUCCUCGUUCCUUUCUUUCGACGUUCUUAUACCUCAGUGGUUUACGGAGGAGAUGGAAGUCAACAUGAACACAUUGCUGGCAGCAGGGCUUCUACUGCUUUUCGCGAUGCCCGGAGAACUUUACAGAAUCCCUCCGCACGAGGAAGUCGCCAGGAUGGCUAGAUUCGUCGCCAACCAGUGCAACUGGGCUUCCAUGGCCACAAUAUCGACCCAUGAGCCAGUGCAAGGACAACCCUUCUCCAAUGCGUUCUCUACCAGUGACGGACCAGUUGGGUCUGGGACUGGGGUGCCCUACAUGUACCUCACCACUAUGGAGAUCUCUGUCCAGGAUUUAAAGGUGAACCCCCAGGCUUCCUUGUCCAUGUCCCUGGCCCAGACAGACUUCUGUAAGAACCAAGGAUACGACCCUCAGGAUCCCCUUUGUGCCCACAUCAUCUUCUCUGGCUCUGUGCUGGAGAUCAACGGUACAGAGGCCACCUUUGCCAAGAAAGCCCUGUUCAGUCGCCACCCUGAGAUGGUCGACUGGCCCACCGACCACAACUGGUUCUUUGCCAAGAUGAACAUCACCAAGGUGUGGGUUCUGGACUACUUUGGAGGGGUAAAGACAGUCACCCCAGAAGACUACUUCAAGGCUACACCCUACAAGAGACACCACUGAGAGGACACCAUAGCCAGUUUGAUGAGGAGGAAUCCUAAGUGUUUCAUAGUGAUCUAGAGGGCAGGGGAGGAUGGACCCAAUAUUUGGAACAAUGAAGACUUGUUUUCUUUUCUUCCCCCAACUAAAUUAGCUCAAUAAUGGCCAUUUGCUGACUUCCAAAUAAUGUAAUAUCUACUGGGGUGUCUGUGGGAAGGGGAUGGUUUGGAAUUCAGCGUUUCUCUCAUAUGCUUCCAAUUGAAAUGUAUGGCUAUAGGGAUGGAUCUGUGUGUAAUUGUGGGUUAUACCCUUUAGGAAGCUCUAUUGUUGUGCAAUAUAAUUAUUUUAAGGACUGCCUUCGUCGUUAGGGAGUUCAUUUGGCUUUUGUAGUUAUAAGAAAGAAUUGAUGGCAUCUCUCCCAUGUGAGCAGUCAUAUGCAGUGUUGUAUUUUUACCACAAGAGGGGGAGGUGUGAUGCUUGGUACAGACAGAAGCAACUGGCUUGAAGGAUAGUUUGACCAAAUGACAUUUGUUGUAGUAGUAUGGAGGUGAUUUUUGUUUAAUGCCAUUUGGGGUAUGCCAACAAGGGUACCACCACUCUUGUUUUUGGACAAUACCACCAAUAAGCUGUAGCAAGGUAAACAAACCCACAUUCUGGGUGGCAGAUGCUGGCUCCAUAGAAUACCUUUUUAAUGUAGGUAUCCAUCAAUUAGAAUACGUUGUAAUUUGGGUGAACCAUUUGUUUAAAGCAGAGGAAAAACAUGACUUGUUGAUUUAAAUUGUGUUUAUAGUUAGUGGUAUGUGUUGAUUAUGAAGCAUUGCACUUGUCAUCUACAAAUCCAUUUCUCAUUUUACAAGUAAACCUUUUUUAGUCUAGUCUUCAUUUAAUCAGUUUGGGUCUAAUUCAUUUAAAUUCAAUUUCAUGCCUAAAUAUGACAUGCAUUUAAAACAAAAUAUAUUCAGUUUUACAACAUCACUUCUGAUUUUUGCUGGAAUUUAAAUACAUUCUUUGUAUUUUCUAUGUGAAAUAAGUAUUAUAUAUAUAUGUUCCUGUAUUCUCUAUUGAUGCUGACACGAUACAUAUUUUUGUAAACAAAAUGAUGGAUGAUUUGUAUAAAUAAAGCUUUAUUUUGUA